AUGGUUCCAGAAUUGACCGUCAUUCCCAGAAUCGGGCUGUGGCAUAUCCAUGGACAUCAGGAUAGCUGCUAUGCCAGAUAUGCAUCAAAUUUCAUUGAAGGCAUUGGUCGCAUUGAUGGAGAGAUAAUGGAGACCCUAUGGGCACGUCUCAACCUGAUUUCUCCUGCUGCUCAGGGAAUGAAAUACAAGCAGGCGAAGAAUGGCAUUGCCGAAAGUGGAAAGGCUUUCGACAGACUCAACAAAGCUGCACCGGCCAACUUAAAGACAGACUGGUUAGCAAGUGAGAGGAUUGCUCAGUCCGACAGAAUACAAGAUCCAGCUGCGAUGGAUAUAUAUGAGAUUAAUAUCAAGAAGGGUAAGAUCACUCUGUCUCAAUCGAAUUCUGAAUUCAUUUUGAACCCAGCACCGAGCAAAAAGGAGAUAGAGCUUAGACUGCUGCAGGAGGGUAAUGCCCAUCAUGCAGCACCUUCUCGCAGAUCUGUGGCAACAUGGAUAUCAAUGUGCCUGGCAAUUGAAGAGGCUCAAAUCACAUUGCUCAUCAAGGUCCGAAGAAUAGGAAAAAGAACUACCAAGACUCAGAGAUUAGACAUUGCCCGGCAAUGCGAUCGUCUACAAGGCCAGAUAGAUGCAUUCACUUGGACUGCUCUGAUGCAUCUGGGAGAGGGAUUUGAUGCAGAUGACAACCCUGAUGAUUUGAAUAUAGACAUUCUUGAUGAUCUCAAUGAUGACCCGGAGGAUUUCAUCGGGAAAUCCGAUACAUGGACAAACUCCCCUGAGCUCACUGUCAUCCCAUUGCCAUCAAACCUCAGGGUAGAUCGAUCCAAACGUUGUUUGGCAGAGGAUCUGAUUCCACUGGAGUUGUUGCUUCGUGAAGGACAGGCCAAUGAUGCCCUUCACAACCUCCGAAUUCACUUGUGCAACAAGGCAAUACUCUUCCAAACAACAGUUAGGAAAGCCAAAUAUCAAGCAUUGAAAACCCGAGCUUGGUCCCAGGUGACAUCAGUGCAGCAGGCAGUGUCCCUCCAUGCCAGCAUAUAUACCAAGACCAGGAAGCAAAUGAUGAAACUUGAGCUGGGCCAAGACAAGCUGCAAAAAUAUAAACCCCUGCUUCAGGAGCAGCUCAAAAUCAGCACAGCUGUGGGCGAUCCUAAUGCCCGAGGUCAGCGAAAUGAGUCUCUCAAUUGGUUCUGGUCUAUCAAAGUAGAUUUGGGGGGUUCGGAUCACUUGUGGAAUGAGGAAUUUUACCGAGUUCAUUGGCUUCGGGCAAAGGCACUACAGGAUUGA